AUGGAGCAGUUUGAGAAAUCAGACACCCAGGCUAAGAAAGGACUCUUGGAAAAGAUCAAGCUCUACCUUUCAAAGAGAACUUCGCCACCUCACACUGACCGUAGGAAGUUUGACCAUGACUUUGCCGUCUCCACCUCCUUCCACGGAGUCCACAACAUUGUCCGGAAUCCGAGUAGGAUUCGCAAGGUGGUCUGGUUGCUGGUGGUCCUGGGCUCCAUCAGCCUCCUUGUCUGGCAGGUAUAUAGCCGUCUCGUCAACUACUUCAGAUGGCCCACCACGACAUCUAUGGAGGUACAGUAUGUGGAGAGGAUAGAGUUUCCGGCUGUGACCUUCUGCAAUUUAAACAGGUUCCAAGCAGAAGCUGCAGCCACAUUUAGUGUUAUUUUUUUCUUAUGGAAUAUUGUAUCCAAAGUCCUUCAUCUUCAGGAAAUCAGUACCAAUUCCACCAGCUCUAAAGAGGCUAUUGAUUUCCUCGCAAGUGAGCGAAACUUCAGCAUUACAGAGUUUGUCAAGGAAAAUGGUUUUUAUCUCAACAGCAGCACAUUGUUAGAAUGUGAAUUUUUUGGAAAGCCAUGUGGCCCAGAGGAUUUUGCACAUGUCUUCACUGAAUAUGGAAACUGUUUUACCUUUAAUCAUGGUGAAACUAUCCAAGCGAAGGAAAAAGUGAGUGUUUCUGGAAGAGGCUUACACUUGCUCUUCAAUGUCAAACAGGAGGAAUUUACAGAUGACCCAACCCUUGGCUUUGUCGACGCUGGGAUCACCUUUGUUAUCCAUUCGCCCAUGAAGGUGCCGCAGUUUGAUGGUCUGGGCUUGUCCUCACCAGUGGGAAUGCAUACACGGGUGACCAUCCGCCAGGUGAAGACAGUCCAUCAGGAAUACCCGUGGGGAGAAUGUAAUCCCCACAUGAAACUGCAGAACUUCAGGACCUACAGCACCUCCGGCUGCUUGCAGGAAUGCAAAGCUUGGCACAUCAAGAAGCAGUGCGGAUGUCUGCCUUUCCUUCUUCCUGGAAACGGGAUAGAGUGUGACCUACAAAAGUUUUACAACUGUGUGUCUCCUAUACUCGACCACAUUGAAGUUAAGGGAUUGUGUACGGUGGGAACACACAAUUCCAGCUGCCCUGUACCUUGUGAAGAAACAGAAUACCCUGCGUCCAUUUCUUAUUCUACUUUUCCGAGCCAAAAAGCUUUGAAAUAUCUUUCCAAGAAGUUGAAUCAAAGCCAGCAAUAUAUCAGGGAGAAUCUUGUGAACAUUGAAAUAAACUAUAGUGACUUAAACUAUAAGAUAACCCAGCAGCAAAAAGCAGUGAGUGUCUCUGAGUUACUUGCAGAUCUUGGUGGUCAGCUGGGCCUAUUUUGUGGGGCCAGUGUGAUUACAAUUAUAGAAAUUAUUGAGUAUAUAUUCACCAAUUUCUACUGGAUAUGCAUCUUGUUCUUGCUGAAGAUCCCUGAAAUGGCCCAGGGCACUCCUGCACCUCAGAAUCACCUGGUGAAUAAGGACAGCAUCGAGUUAUGCUGA